UUAUAAGAUCAUUCGAAUGGUGAUGGAGAAAUAUGUAAAUGGACUUUUCCUAAUACAUUUAAUGGCACAGACAGGGUCAAACCAUCCUUCAAAGCAAUGUCGCACAAUUAUCCUCAGAGCUUGACUUGACGCAAACAGAACUCGAUAAAGCCCAUGAUACUUUUGCGAGAUUGCCUCACUAUAUCGCCAAACUGACAGCUAUGAAGAACAUGAUUACCUCAACUACAAUUCUGUCCAGAAAACUCCAACGCCGGGUUGAUCAAGUUAUUAUAGGGCGAGAGAAGCAAGCGGCUAAAAUGAAGGUCGUUAGAGCGAAGGAACAAGCAUACGAUCAGGCGGUGGCAGCAGUACAUACAUCAACGUCAACAUCAUCACAUCCCCAAUGGUCUGGUUCAUCAUCGUCACCAUCAAAGCCCAUAUCCCCAUUAAUGGCUAAUGCUCAGAGUCAGGAUCAUCCGUUAGCAUUGCUUGGGAGCACAGGAUCCAAAUCUUUGGAACUCGACAUUAAUGCUAGUAGUUCGGCGGCUCGUCUUCCUCCACCUUCUCCUCCUCCACCCUCAGCAGGCUUGCCUUUUCCCUUGCCUGCAAAACCAGCGUUUCCGGUUAUUUCUACUAUGCGAUCGUCAAAUAGGUCAGAAUCUCCACCGCUUUCAAUAUCACCCCACUUUUCCCCACUUCUCUUAGGACGCACCACAGCUACUGCUGCCUCGCCAGGCAGAGAUUUUGCUAAUUCUCCAACGUCGUCACUAACAGGUGGAAAUGAUUCCGAUGUCCAGCAACAGCAAUUAUCUGAGAGAGUCGACCGCUUUCCACAGAUUUCAUCAACAGCGCAAGACGACGAAGCAUCCAAAAAUCUAUCAACCCAAUUCGCUUCUGAGGUGGAAGUAGUGCGACUGCGGCGUAAGAAGAAGCUAUCUAAAUCGAGUGCAAACACAAGUAAUAGUAGUAUUGUGAGUGUUAGUACAACUGCGAGCGUGAAGAGGAGUCAAAGUGUAAAAUCUAAGGGCAAGGGUGCUGCCAAGAUUACUACGACGAAAAGCACGUUGAGUGUACAGCAAGCAGAGCCAUCACAAUGAUCUAGUUAGAAGCUGUAUCAACUGAUGCCGAGAUGCCGAGUCAAGAUCUCUGAAAAAUAGUAUAAAAGGAACUCCUAUCAUCAUUUAUUUAAACAAAGUGCUAUCAAACGUAGUAUAAUAAUAU